GUGAAUGCCAUCUUUAUUAGUUGCAUGAGACGCGCGGGGCAUAGCGGUUGAUGUGUCAAAUAGUGAAAUCCACCACAAUAUUUGGAUGAACAUGGUGUUUAUACAGAAAAGAUGAUUUUUAACGUCCAAUUUUGAUUAGAAUAAAUUGAGGAAAAAAUGGUUAGCAACACCUCACGGGGAACUCCCCGUAUCCAGGUCUUUAGACCCACAUACGAAGAGUUCAAAGAUUUUACCAAGUAUGUGGAAUACAUGGAAAGCAAAGGAGCUCAUAAGGCUGGCUUGGCGAAAGUAAUUCCUCCGGUUGAGUGGAUCCCAAGAAAAAGAGGCUAUAACUUGGAUGAUAUGGAUCUCACAAUUCCUGCACCAAUUUGCCAGGUAGUAACUGGCAAACAAGGCCUUUAUCAGCAAAUUAACAUACAGAAGAAAUCAAUGACUGUUAAAGAAUAUAGAAAAUUGGCUAACUCUGAACGGUAUAAUACUCCUCGUCACUUUGAUUACGAAGAUUUAGAGAGGAAGUACUGGAAGAAUAUAACAUAUGUUGCACCUAUAUAUGGGGCAGAUGUAUCUGGCUCGUUAACCGAUCCAGAUGUGAAAGAGUGGAAUAUUAAUCAUUUGGGAACAAUACUUGAUUAUGUGAAUAAAGAUUAUGGUAUAUCUAUUGAUGGUGUUAAUACAGCAUACUUGUAUUUUGGGAUGUGGAAAACUACGUUUGCCUGGCAUACAGAGGAUAUGGAUUUGUAUUCGAUAAAUUAUUUACAUUUUGGAGCUCCAAAAACAUGGUAUGCUAUACCACCAGAACAUGGCAGACGAUUAGAGAGACUAGCUAGUUUUUACUUCCCAUCAAGUUAUCAAAGUUGUCGGGCUUUUCUACGUCAUAAAAUGUCUCUCAUUUCUCCUCAAAUAUUGAAGCAACAUUCUAUUCCAUACAAUAAAAUAACGCAAGAAGCUGGAGAAAUUAUGAUCACUUUCCCUUAUGGAUACCAUGCGGGUUUCAAUCAUGGAUUCAACUGCGCUGAAUCCACGAAUUUCGCUGCACCACGAUGGGUAGAAUACGGUAAAAGGGCUAUACAAUGUACCUGUAGUAAAGAUAUGGUUAAGAUAUCUAUGGACACAUUCGUGAAACGUUUUCAACCAGAAAGGUAUGAAUUAUGGUUACGCGGAGAAGAUAUAGGUCCUCAUCCUGAAGAUCCUAAACAAACAGCCGCACCUAUGCCUUCUCAAAUGGAUCUUCUAUGUAGUAAUAGUAGCAAUGGUCAAUUACCACAAAGUUACUUGAACGCUGCUCCAAAAAAUAAACGACACACUAUACAUAAAAAGAAGAAUAUAAUGGCAACAAAUCCGGAUGUUGACAUGGAAGAAUUAGUAAACCGUUCUGAUAUUCCACCAGAUGUCAAGAAAGUGUUACAAGAUUUAGAAUUGGAAGAAGCAUAUGAUCAACCAGAUGAACAACAGUUGGAAGUUUUAGAAGAUAUAUGGCUGAAAGCAGGAGAAAUGGAUGUAGAUGAGGCUUCUGUAUACGAUGACGGUUACAAUCGUAAAAAGAGUAGAAAAAGGAAGAAGAGGAAUGCGGAUAAAAAUAAAUCAAAGUCCAAGAAAGAUUACAACAAAAGUAUUACUGAUGAAGUUACAGUAAAGACUGAAAUAAAAGAGGAAGUAGACGAAAGCUAUAACUUCUUGCCUCCUGCGGAGCAAAGUGCUCAAUUAGAAAGCGACGUAGUUCCAGGUAGUUCCAACGUCAUUAUAACAAGUGACGAUAUCGUUAGAAGCAUAAAAAUAGAAGAAGAAUCUGACUUUUCGGACACCACUGAUAAACCAGUGAAAAAGAAGAAAAAACAUUCGAAGUGUGGAGAGCCAAAGAAGAUUAAAUCAAAGAACAUAAAUAAAACUAAACGUAAAAGUUUGAAUGUGUCUAUUUUCGAUACCAACGAGCCUUUGGAUGUGUCUGACGCCGACGUACAACGGAAACUUAUGGCUAUGCCAAGUCUUAAUUUACACAAAUCCUCAACAAUUAAUAAAGAAACCACUAACCAUAUAUCAGGAACGACGACUUUUGCUGAUAACAAUACUAACAUGAGUCCCAUCAAAGAGAAGAAUGUUAUAAAUAUUACAAAUAGCAGUCAAGUUGCAAUUCCUACAUAUAGAGAUACAAAAGAAAUGGAGAUUUUAGAAGAUGAUGUGGAACAGCAAGUAAAUUUGUAUGCGAAGAGUACAAAAAAAGAUAGCAUAGUUACAAUAAAGCCAUCAUUUUCUAAGCAAAUUCCAUUGAAGAAUAUUUCUUUGGAUCAAGUGAAAGCUGCUAACAAAAUUGACAAAGCUGUGGAAUCUGAAUUCAUCAGUGGGGAUACUCAGAUCACUAUACAAGAAACGAAACCUGGCAUUUACACCAGCUGUAAAAGUGUAGGAACGAUUAUAAGUGAAAGGUCGAUACUUAAUUACUCGAAAAAAGACAUCAUAAAAGCUCCUAGAUUGAGUGUGCUGAAAUCAGCAUAUAAUAUACCAGCGACCGAAGUAUCUCCAAAGGUUAGCACUGAGAAAUCUAUUGGAGCAGAGAGCGAUACUCAUGUACCACCCAAAAGCAUAGUAAUUUCACCAAAGAGUUGGCCUAUCGCCAAAUCACAAGAACCUAAACUCUCGGGACCAAGCAUAAUGUUUUUAAACACUAAUUUCUCUAAGCCACCGAUUUUACAGAAGGAAACAUCUCAAGAAGUAGGGAACGGAACGAAACGCGUGAAAGUUUCAAAAUCUGUAACUCCAUGCGCUAUUCAGAUACCACGAUUGGAAGGUAUUUUUACUAAAAAUACAAUUUUGGCACAACCAUUAGGAAAAAGAUCUUCUACGGAUACAUCGAAGAUGAUAGCAACCAAAUUUUGGCAACCGUCUACUAGUAAUAACAGCGUGUUCUUCUUGAAGGAUAUAAGAGACGACAAGCAAGUUCCUUCAACAGUUACAAACGCAGAAAUACCUGAAGUCUCUGUUUCGUCUUCCCCGUUAAAUUUAUCGGGCAACAAUACGUUCUUUUUGACCACAACUUCAAAAUGCACAAACAUUGCAUUAAAUUCUCAGCCCUCGAUGAUGAUCGAUUUUAACAAAAAAUAUUUACAGACCUCUACUUCCGUUCCAAGUACGGCUAGUUCCUUCGUGAAGAUUAUACCAAAAUCGCAAGAUCAGUUAUUUAUAAAAAAGCCAAUUAAUCAAAAGGAAGAAAUCUGUAACAAGAUCUUUAAGAGCACAGGUACGAUCGUUAGCAAUGUAAAGACCGUAUCGACGCAGGUGGACAGUUCAUUGGAAGUUAUUAGCAAAAAUAUAAAUAUCACGACAUUAGAUACUGGUACACAGUACACUACAAAUCAUUCCAGCACGGACUUACAAGAUUCUCAAAAAUCAAUUACUGUUUCACCCUCGCAACAGGAGGAACAAUUUUCAAACGUAAAAGUAGUCGAUGAUCAACUGCAACCUCAGAAUAUAGAAAAGAGUUUGGAGAGUACCAAUUCACUACCAUUGAAGCAGUUAACGAGUUCGAGACGGAAAUUAAAAGAAAAAUUGAAGAAAGCAACCACUAGAAAAAAAGAAUCCACUGAGAUGAAAAUGGUUGCAGCAACGUCGAAUUUGGAGGAGUCAAAUAUAGUUACGUGCUCUGUGGAUCAAUCACCUUUGGUGUCUCAUCGUGUAUCAAUGGUACCAGGACAUAUAUCGGACAUGUUGUAUCCUACCGUUCCAAAUAAUGAUUUACUAAAAGCAUUCAAUGAUUAUUGGAGUGCUCAAAUAUCUCACUGUGCCAUUUGCGCACCGUUUACCUCAAGUUGUAAUGGACACGGCAGGUUAAUGCCACCAGACUGGAAAUAUUGUAAGCCCACCGUUUUACCAGAGAGUUCACCGAUAUGGGUAUCUGCGAAUAUAUUCGUUGCCAACUCAAAAGAACAAAUGGUUGAACCGGAAAAUGAUAAGAUUUUACGUUGUAGAGAGUGUCAUGUCACGGUUCAUGCCUCCUGUUAUGGAAUCACUGUAUUACCUACAGAUUUACGAAAUUGGGCUUGCGAUAAGUGCAAGGCUGGUAAAACACAAGUGAUGUGUUGUUUGUGUCCUAUGCGGGGAGGAGCUCUUAAGCGAACCAGCGAUGGUAAUUGGGCACACAUACUAUGCGCUCUUUUAUUACCUGGAGUCACUUUUAAGGAUGCUAUAAAUAAGGACCCCAUUAACGUAUUGACUAUCAAACCAGAUAAUGUUAAACAACAAUGUCGUUAUUGUGGGCAGAAGGAUGGCGCAUGUCUUAAAUGUAGUCACUGUAGCAAUCUGUUUCAUCCGUCUUGUGGUCUCGUCUCUGGCGCUACGUUUACGAUUCCCGUAUACAAUUCACCUGAACUUCAGGUAUAUACAUCACAGAGAAUAAGAGUAACGUGUGACGGACAUGACGAUGGAAAAGAAAAGAUACCACCGCUUCGACAAGGAGAAACUGUUUGGGCAAAGCAUCGAAAUACACGAUAUUAUAAGGCCAAAGUAGAUUCCAUACACGAUACUUUAUUUUAUAUGGUGACGUUCAAUGAUGACAGUUUCAGCGAUGAUUUAUAUCCAUCGGAUAUUAUGAAUUACGAUCCUGGAAAUCCACCACAACAAGGAGCUGCAGUUGUUGUGAAGUGGACAGAUGGCAACAUGUAUAAUGGUAUUUUCGAAGGUACAAAUCACCGGAUCAUGUAUACUGUAAUUUUUGAGGAUGGUUCCCAACUUCCAUUGAAGCGAAACGACAUAUACAGCUUACAGGAAGAUAUGCCAAAAAGAGUUCGGUCACGUUUGUCUGUUGCGACCGAAAUGAAGCACCGGUAUCAUCUGUAUGGCACGGAGGAUGAAUCGGAGGCGCAAAGAAAGGUGAAACAGUCGAAACAUUGUGAUUAGAACGAAAAAUUAUAUACGAUUCGUUGUAAAUAAUCAAUAGAGACAAAUAAUCAAUUUAUUGUACAUACCAUAUACGAAACAAUUGUACCUAAUCAUUUGGUCUUUUCUAAACGUAUACGUUGUUAAGAACAGACCAAAUUUGAUAAAUUUUUACUUUUCUUCA